AGCUGUUCCAGCAGCGACAGCGGCUCCAGCAGCAGCGGCGGCGGCGGCGGCGGCGACAGCGCACGGCUCCGGCGGGGAAGGCGCCCGGCGCCCAUGCCUCCGGCCCCGCGCCGCGGCUGCGCUGACCUGGCCACUACCGCCCUCCGCGCGCCCCGCCGCUCGGGCCUCUGGGGGGGUUCCCCAACCGCGGCCCAACUCCGCCACACCCCUCUCCCCCGGCCUCCGCAGCUCGGCAUGGGCGCGGGGGCGCUCGCCCUGGGCGCCUCCGAGCCCUGCAACCUGUCAUCGGCCGCGCCGGUCCCCGACGGCGCGGCCACGGCGGCGCGGCUGCUAGUUCCCGCGUCGCCGCCCGCCUCGCUGCUGACCUCGGCCAGCGAGGGACCCCCGCUGCUGUCGCAGCAGUGGACGGCCGGCAUGGGCCUGCUGAUGGCGUUCAUCGUGCUGCUCAUCGUGGCGGGCAACGUGCUGGUGAUCGUGGCUAUCGCCAAGACACCGCGGCUGCAGACGCUCACCAACCUCUUCAUCAUGUCGCUGGCCAGCGCCGAUCUGGUCAUGGGUCUGCUGGUGGUGCCAUUUGGAGCCACCAUCGUGGUGUGGGGCCGCUGGGAGUAUGGCUCCUUCUUCUGCGAGCUGUGGACCUCGGUGGACGUGCUCUGCGUGACGGCCAGCAUCGAGACCCUCUGUGUCAUCGCCCUGGACCGCUACCUCGCCAUCACGUCGCCCUUCCGCUACCAGAGCCUGCUGACCCGCGCGCGGGCGCGAGCCCUCGUGUGCACCGUGUGGGCCAUCUCGGCGCUGGUGUCCUUUCUGCCCAUCUUCAUGCAGUGGUGGCGGGACAAGGACGCCAAGGCGAGCGGAUGCUACAACGACCCCGAGUGCUGCGACUUCAUCAUCAACGAGGGCUACGCGAUCACCUCGUCCGUCGUCUCCUUCUACGUGCCCCUGUGCAUCAUGGCCUUCGUGUACCUGCGGGUGUUCCGCGAGGCCCAGAAGCAGGUGAAGAAGAUCGACAGCUGCGAGCGCCGCUUCCUCAGCGGCCCAGCGCGGCUGCCCUCGCCCGCGCCCUCGCCCGGGCCCCAGCUCCCUGCCGCCCCGGUGGCCAACGGGCGCGCCAACAAGCGGCGGCCCUCGCGCCUUGUGGCCCUGCGCGAGCAGAAGGCGCUCAAGACGCUGGGCAUCAUCAUGGGCGUGUUCACACUCUGCUGGCUGCCCUUCUUCCUAGCCAACGUGGUGAAGGCCUUCCACCGCGACCUGGUGCCUGACCGCCUCUUCGUCUUCUUCAACUGGCUGGGCUACGCCAACUCGGCUUUCAACCCCAUCAUCUACUGCCGCAGCCCCGACUUCCGCAAGGCCUUCCAGCGCCUGCUCUGCUGCGCGCGCCGGGCCGCCUGCGGGAGCCACGCGGCCGCCGGGGACCCGCCGCGCGCCUCGGGCUGCCUGGCGGUGGCCCGGCCGUCGCAGUCUCCCGGGGCCGCCUCGGACGACGACGACGAAGAAGAAGACGACGUCGGGGCCGCGCCGCCCGUGCGCCUGCUGGAGCCCUGGGCCGGCUACAACGGCGGGGCGGCGGCGGACAGCGACUCCAGCCCGGACGAGCCAAGCCGCCCGGGCUGCGCCUCGGAAUCCAAGGUGUAGGGCCGGGCGCCCCUCCCCGCCUUCCCCGGCUUCCACAGUCCGGGCGCGCGCUGUGCGCUCCAGGAGCAAGAGAACCCGGGCGCCCCUGAACCGCUUCCCUGGGAAAGAGAUCUGUGUUUACUCAAGACCGAAAGCAGGUGAACUCGAAGCCCGCGAACCUCGACUGCAUCAUCCAAGGGCAAAUAGGAAAGCCACGGACCGUCGCACAGAAAGGAAAGUUUGGGGAGAGGUGGGAGAAGUUUAGGGAGGGAUGGGAGAGUGGCUUGCUGAUUGUUCUUGGGGUUCUUUUUUCUGUUUGUGGUCCGGCCUUCUUUUGUGUGUGUGCGUGUGAUGCAUCUUUAGAUUCCCUCCCCCUCUGCCCCCCUCCGCCCCCGCCACGUGGUUUUAACACUUUCUGCGAUGACUGGGAAGGGAAGGGAGAAGCGUUAGGAGGUAGAAGUCUCUCGACUUAGCUUCCAUCCCAUUCCCGGGAACAGGAGCGGUCAGCCAGAGAGAGAGGACAGAGAAGGACACUUUAUCAGGACGCUGUUUCCUUUUACUUUUCAGAGAAAUUCCAUUUUAAUUUUUGAGGAAUGAUUUCUCCUGUUCUGAAAGCCGAGGGCAAGGAUGGAUGCAAAAAUCGCGUUUCAGGAAGUUUUAUGCUCUUCUUGGAACAAGCCUCACCUUGCUUCCCUUUCGUAGGGCAAGCGGGUUGUCCCUGAACGCCUCCUCGGUGGUCAGGCUGAGGGGUCCCUACCUCACUCACACUGUGCACAUUGCACAACCAGAUAGAAAGACUUGUUUAUAUUAAACAGCUUAUUUAUGUAUAAAUAUUAGUUGGAAGGACCAGGCGCUGAGCCUCUGUGACAUGUGACUGUCCAUUGAAGACAGGACAGAAAAAGGAAAAAGAAAAAAGGAAACAAUUCAGAUUACUGCAUAUGUGGUAUAAACAAAAAAUCAAAACAAAAAAGCCGUGAUUCAAAGUGGCAUUUUUUUGCACAGUAUUAGGAACUGUAAAGUCCACAGAAGAUGUUAUUUGCACAAAAAGAAAUUAAAUAUUUUUUAAAGGGGGUGGGGUGGGGCAGAUCUUAAAAACUAAAAUAAAAUUCAGAUUCUA